AUGGCAUCUCACACACUGCAAUCCAAACUGCGGGCUCUCAAAGUGUUGGAGGGAUCGUCACAUCCCAAACCAAAUUUUGACUCCUUCCCUGACACACCGCAACAGGCAUUUGAAGCAUGGUUGGACGAAGCCAUUGAGUACGGAGUUUCGGAGCCGCAUGCCGUCACGCUCUCAACAACUGAUGAGGAUGGUCGACCUGAUGGUCGCGUGCUUAUCCUUAAAAAUGUUGAUGAUCGUGGUUGGCACUUUGCAAUCAAGGCAGAUAGCCCCAAGGGUCGACAGAUCUCGGCCAACAACAAUGUCGCACUCACUUUCUACUGGUCAAAAAUAGGCCGUCAAAUUCGUUUGCGUGGACGAGCUGUAUCUUUACCCAGAAGCGAAUGCGAUGCCGAUUUCGCUGCUCGAUCUACUUUGGCCAAGAUGACUGCUAUUGUCUCAAAGCAAAGUCAACCAAUGCGCAAUCCCCAAGAAAUGGACGAGAGUUUGAGAGACGGUUUGCGCAGACAUGAAAGCAAAGGAGGAGAAUUGAGUUCGGAAGGGUGGGUAGUAUAUGCAGUCUCGCCCGAUACGGUAGAGUUCUGGCAAGCUUCUAGUGAUCGCCUGCACCAACGUCUAAAUUAUUCUUGGGAUGCGGCCAAGUCUGAUUGGGUCAAGGAAGCUCUAUGGCCAUGA